UUUUUUUUUUAAAUAUAAAAAGUGACAUUCUUUUUGAACCAUGACUAAUAAGGAAAUCGUAUCAUAUACUGUAUAGAAGAUGAUAGGGAUGAGUACUAUUCCACUUCAAUUGUGUCUUAAAUUUCUUGCUUCGGAAAAUGUUAUUGGACUUACUUCUUCAUUAACUAAUAAACUUUAAAUUUUCAAAAUGUGGGAAUUCCCCUAAACUUUUGGACCUUUAAAUACAAUACAAAUUAUCUUCAAUUCUCGUAUCUAACCAACUUCGAAUAUUUUUUAAUUUAAAGGGAAGGAAGUAAUAAUAAUUUUAGAAGAUCUCAGCCGACGUAUACGACAAAUCCUAGGGGUGAAGCCCUAGAAGGACAUAGGCACUAAGAAGGAUAUGAAUAAAAAAACAUCGAAUAUCCACGUUUGAUAGGUUCACAAAUGAACUGUUUAUACUCUCUGAAUUUUCUUUAAUGAUGAAGAGUCAUAAUAAUAGUUUAUACUACUUAGUUGGAAAUGGGGAGGACGAUAAGCAUUAUAUGUAUAUAUAAGUUGCUCCAUUUCCUCAAAUUGGAUAGAUCGCAACUACACAAUCAAAGUCUGCAAGCUAUGCUUGAGUAGCCCUGAGCUUCAUAAUGUUCAAAAAAAAAAAAAAAAAAAAAAAAAAGAAGAAGAUAUCACAUACCUUGUAUGUAGUAAGAUAAAGGUUCAUUGAAGAAUUUACUUGGUUAUCUCACACCUCGUGUGUAAGGUGUUUGUUUUAAUUUGGAUGGAUUUAGGACUUAAUUUUACGGGUUCGAAUUCGAACUUUCACAACAAUAUAGUUCAUUUGAUUUAUAAGUUCGCAAUCUAUUUUUUGCUAGGAUUAAUUUAAUGAUUUUCUAAAUACAUGUAAUUGAACUAAAGCUAUUGAAAUCAAACGAACCACGCACUAGGUCCCCGCCUAUUGGAAGAAUGGAGCUUGUUCCAUUCUAAGUAGGUACAUGGAGUUCUGUUGUGUAUUUUACUUCGAUGAUAUAUAUAAAUAUGUUGCCAUCCAUUGAGAUGGGAGAGAUUGAAAAAAAAAAAAAAAAAAAAGAGGUCUCCGCCUCUGAUUGUUUCCAAAUUAAGUUCAAGCUUUUGUAGUUUGAGUAUUACUUCCUCUAUCUCAAUUUAUGUGACACUUUUCGCUUUUUGAGAUUUAAACUGUAUAAAUUUUGACCAAUAUUUAAGAUGGAUUUUUUCACCAAAUUGCUUUGAGAAAAGUUACAACUUAUAGUACUUUUCAUGUAGUUUUUAAAUAUAUAAAUUUUAUUCUUAAAAUAUUGAGUUAAUCUAAUCCAAUUUAGCUUCAAAGUUUGGUCAAAUUGACUCUCGAAAAGUGAAAAGUACCACAUAAAUUGGGACGGAGAGAGUAUAUAAUUCUAGACCAAAACCCUAGAUUAAGUUUGGGAGGAUAGAGGAAACCCUUUGAAAAGAGGAAGAGUCAAUUCUCUAUAUUUUUGGAAAACUCAAUUAACUUUAAACUUUUGUGGUGGUGUGUAGGGGUGUCAAUGGUACGGUUCAGAUGGUUAUUUUAUAAAUUUUAUACCAUAUUAAUUUUUUGGUUAUUUCAUUUUGUAGAACCAAAAUUAGACUUUUCGAAACUGUCCCAUCAUCUCGGUUUCUCUUCGGUAUCGGCACGGUUCGGUUAAUUUUCGAUUUUUUUUUUAAAAAAAAAAAAAAAAAAAAAACCUUCAUUGUCAUAGUCCCUAGCAAAAGUUAAAGACACGAUAUCAUGCAUACUUCUAUAAGAUUUUGGCAAAAACUCUCUAGACAUUUUUACUUUUUAAAAGGUGAUGAAUCACGAAAACAUGAAAGACGACAAGAAUAAAGAUUGAUCCCACAAUUUUACGGUAGUAUAAAAUAAUUUUAAGCGAAGACAAAAAGUAUAAUAUAUAUCACACGAGGAGGCAAAAAUCAAUUAAGAUGGAACUCAAGAACUGAGUCUACUAAGAUUAAGUAUCUAACAAGAGAAAAUUAAAAUCAUAUGUGAGGAAAUAUAUAUAAUACUUUGAAGUGUUCUAUCCAAGAUCGUUGGAAUACCUUCUACCUUAAAAGCUAGUUACUACUCGAGACGCUAGAACUAAUUUAAUUUCAAUAGGAGUAGUAUAAUAAGUUUCAGAGUUGAAACUCUUUUUUUUUUUUUUUUUUUUUUUUGGAAAGAGAACUAAAGCAACAAGAAACUAGCUCGAAACUAGGCGAGGGAAUGAGACCCCAAACAAUACCUCUUGCAAAGACCUGAAGAAAUGCUAGAAGGCACGUGUGAAUGCCUUUCAAAGGCGUUAAUAUGUUGUCGGCUUGUAGUCUUUUUCAUCAUCCCGAACCCAAGGCGAAAAUUUUAAUAUUUUGAUUAUAUUUAAAUCUAAUAUAUAGAAUAUAUUUUACACAUAUAAACUUAUUCGGUACGGUUCGGUAUUUUUUCGAUUUAUUUUUAUAAAAUUAAAAACCAACCUAAUUAUUUGGUACGCUUAUUAAUUUUUAUAAAAACCGUCAGUUUAUUUAAAAAAAAAAAACUAAAAAUUAGUUCAGUAGGGUACGGUUGGGUGGUUAAGUCGGUUUUUUAAAAACCAUUGACACCCUUAGUUGCGUUGAAAUCUUUCUCAGAACUUGGACGAGUAAAUCUAACCUAGCCGCUUAAUUACACCCAAAUCACAUUAACUAAAAACUAAUUCUAAAGCACCUUAGUUGUCAAAGAAUCUAGCAACCUGUUUUUUAUCCCCUGUUCAAAUUUUUAUAAUCCAGAAAUGUCCCUAGCUUGCAUUUUCCUCUUCUUCGUCAUAAAAUAUCCAUUAAAGCUAAUCACAAGGUCUUGUUGUUUCAACACUUUAUUUGUUAUCAAUAAUCUCUAAAGGUGAGAAAUAUAAAGACAGAGAGGGCGAGAUCGAUAUUUUCAUCCAAAAGAUGGAUUCUUUUAGAGAUGUUAAUAUCCCUUUUGGUACUAAUUCUUUUCCAUUCUUGGAGAUAGAAAGUGAGAACCAAAUCUCUUUUGAGGAAAUCAAAGUGAAAGGUGAAGAUCUAGAAGAGAUUACCUUCAAGAAUCCACAAGAAAAUACACAAAAGGAAAAACAGUAUAUUGGAGUUAGAAAGCGGCCAUGGGGAAAAUAUGCAGCUGAAAUUAGGGAUUCGACGAGAAAUGGAAUUAGGGUUUGGCUUGGAACUUUUGACACUGCUGAAGAAGCCGCAUUGGCUUAUGACCAAGCUGCACUCUCAAUGCGAGGUGAAUUUGCUUGUCUUAAUUUCCCAGUAGAAAGAGUUCAAGAAUCGUUACAAGAAUUCAACUGUAGUGGCAAAGACGGUUCAUCCCCAGUUAUAGCUAUAAAGGAAAAACACAAGAAGAGACAUAUAAGAGGUAAAAGAAAACAAGCUAAGGAAGAAAAUGUACUUGUUCUUCAAGACUUAGGACCAGAUCUAUUAGAUGAGCUCUUGUCUGAGUGUUCUACUUCUCAAUGAUGUUCAAGUUUUUUU